AUUUAAGAACCAAAACGUAUGCAAUGCAAAUGUCGGUUUCUAAAAUGAAAGCUCAUAUUGACAGAGAUUUGUUUUUACAAAUUAAUGACCUACCUACAUAACAAAUGGUCACCAGCACCUCAAUUCUAUCUUCUUCUUCAUAUUCAUCAAAUCAGGAUUAAAAUUUGUGAUUUUCUGGAAAAAUGGGUGCUUCAAGUUCCAGUUUUUUAGAAGAAUCUGUGUAUGAUUUCACUGUUAAGGAUAAAACGGGUAAUGAUGUUGAUCUUAGCAUCUACAAAGGAAAAGUUCUUCUCUUUGUUAAUGUUGCUUCCAAUUGUGGGUUAACAGAUGUGAAUUACACACAGUUAUCAGAGAUUUACACCAAAUACAAAGAUCAAGGUCUUGAGGUAUUGGCAUUUCCAUGCAAUCAAUUUCUGAAGCAAGAACCAAAAUCAGCUCAAGAAGUUGAGCAGUUUGUAUGUACAAGGUUCAAGGCUGAGUUUCCUGUAUUUCAAAAGGUUCGCGUGAAUGGUACGACCGCAGCACCUGUUUUCAAGUUUCUGAAAUCGAAGUCAUCUGGGAGUCUAGGAUCGAGGGUCAAAUGGAACUUCACCAAGUUUCUGGUUGAUAGGGAAGGCCGUGUCAUUGGCCGUUAUGCGCCAACAACACCCCCAUUUGCGUUCGAGAAAGACAUUCAAAAUGCACUGGAGUCGAAACCAAACUAAUUGAGUGUGCACUCAAGUUCAAUUCUUAUAAGAAUUGAAUCCUUAUCCUUGUUAGUGUGAAAUUGUGUAUAGUGGUGUGCGGUUGAAUUCCAUUUCUCUUCUACGUUCUUCUUGUACGCCUUAAUUUUGUUUGUUCAUAAUAUUAUUUAUUUUUGUUCGUUGUAAAACUGUUGUAAAAUAUUAGUGUGAUGAAUGAUUUUAACCAGCAGUAUCAAUUCUGCAAACUCUGUAUCAGCUCAGGCUCUGCAGAGACUGGUUAGUAUAGUGGUGCCAUGGCACAGCUGGUUCGACUCAGCUGGGCCGUCCAGAACUUCUCUGUAAUAGAUGAUUCCAUAUUAUAUAAUCUGACAGCUAGAAGUUUCCCCCUA